CAAGCCUCUCAUCAGUAGGAGGGCUGGCUCUGCAAGCUGCAAGGCAGUUUUGGAGCCGAGCCCCAUCCCAGCAGUGCUGUCAGCGAGUGAGAGCCCUGGGGCAUUCAGUACCACCCAGGGUACCAAGUGGGUUAAGUGCCUGGCCCCAUAGCCCUGCCCCAGGAGGAGAUGGCCACAGAGAAGCCAGUGACUCCCACUGAGGAGCAGCUGGAGAUCCUGGAGUAUAACUUCUGCAAGGUGAACAAGCAUCCUGACCCCACCACGCUGUGCCUCAUCGCGGCUGAGACCGGGCUGUCCGAGGAGCAAACCCUGAAAUGGUUCAAGCAGCGCCUGGCAGAGUGGAGGAAGUCUGAGGGGCUGCCCUCAGAAAGCGGGUCUGUCAGGGACUAGAGGAUGCUGCUCCGAUCCCUGUGCCUGCUGUAAAGGAUGGUGAAGCUCUUCAGAGUGGGUUUCAUUGGGGUUCUCCUGUUGCAAUAUGUUUUGAGAUACAAAGCAAUACCCUGCUAUUUAAUAUAAGUUUUAUUUAAAGUGUACAUAACCAGGAAAAAAAUAUUUUAUAUAUAUAUGUGUAUACAGCUUCUGGUAGCUGCAUAAUCUGUCUAAUGAUUCCCACCCAUUAACAGUGGCUGCACAGGGCAAGGCAAUCUUGUGUCCUUGUCCCAGGCUUGCAGAAAAGCUGCCAUGAACAGUUCAAACAUAGAAGGGGGGGGGGGAGAUUUCUUUCCCUUAUCACCCCCAGAGGCAAAUUAUGAGUGCUAGCUUUAAUGCACCGAUCAUCCAGAGAGGAGGGCACCUGGAAAACCAGAUGUGUUGUUCGGGUGAUCUUGGUUAGCUUGAGAUGCCUGAGUCAGCUCUUAAUACUGGCAAACUGAGUGCCCUCAAAUGCAUUUCCCACAUUUCUGUUAAAGGUCACCAAAGGGAAAGAACUGGUCUUUUUUUUUUUUAAUGUAUUAAUAAAAACCCAAAGUUUUU